CUGGUACCAACUAGAUGAUCCUUAUGCGUUAGUUUAUUCCACACAAAUGCAUGUACAACGGCAUAUGUUGGGUAUUAUCUUUCAGAAGUCAUGACCCGUCUAAGUAAAGUGAUACUGCACCAAAUGACACGGGUGUGUAAGACACAGACGCACGUCCGUUUACUAAGCAAUUAAGAGAUUCAGGAAUAACAACGCGCAUGCUCUUGGUUUUACUACGGGGGUGAGUAAUAGUUUUUGUAGUCUGUAGCUUUAGAACGUGAGAUGUGAGAAUUUUAGUAACGCUCUACGCCGGAAGUACUCGGAGUUUGGACAAGGUUUGAUACUUUUAACAGGUUCAGUAACAUUUUAGAUGUGAGAAGCUGGGAAAAGUAGAAUAGCUGAUAGAACAGACUGUGAACCAGAUUGUUGGAGUAUUCAUUUGUGCCUGAUUUGGAGUUCUUCUUUUUCUGCCCUGGACUUGAUUUCAGACUGCUUUCUGGUGAAGUCCUUCUAACUAAUUUUCUCCGUAUUGGUGGAAAACAUUUAUAACUUUGUCUUUUGCCAUUUAAAUAUAGAGCUGCUUAGUGAUCCUUUCUGGAUUCAAGGUGCGGAGGCUGCGUGCAUCAGUCAAACUUUGACUUGAUUUCUUUAAAGAACAAGCAUUCCAUCUGAAAAUUACUCUCUCUCCAUAAUUAAGAAGCAACCCUCAGUAUGAGUUUUGCUUCCAUAAGAAGAAACUAUUCUGCCGUUUCUCAGGUUGAUCUUGAUGAAGUUGUUGGAGACUCAGAGAAUGAGACUCCAGAAGCAGUACAGUUUACUUUGGAUUCUCCUCCGCCAAGACAGGAAUCGAGGAUACCUCCUUUUCCUGUUAAAAAAGAAGAUGAAGAUUGGACUCUUCGGUUCCUGUGCUGGGUAUCUGCUGUUUUCAAUGCAAUGUUUAUCCUUAUUAUAAUACUACAAGUAAUUGCACCUCCAUGUUGGAAUCUAGGUCUCACACGUUCAAGCGUGAAUGAGACAGAGUUGGCUCGUGCUGUUAAAGCUCAAGAUAUUUUACUACGUUUGUGUAGCAGUUCCUAUAACAGUGAAAUAGGAGUCUGCAGACUUUGCCCAGAAAAUUGGUUUCUGCACAAUGGGAAAUGCUUCUAUCUAUCUGGGAACAGCACCAAGAACUGGAACACUAGUCGGGAAUGGUGCACAUCACGGCACUCUGAGCUGGCUGUGCUUGAAGGCACUGAUGUCUUGGAUAUCUUGGAAAAUUCUAACGCUGGUUAUUGGAUUGGACUGACAAGAUCUGAUGACAAGCAGUGGAAGUGGAUAGAUGGUGCCAAUGUCAGCAGCACUCUUCUUGGAGAUGAUCAUCCUAAUUUCAACUGUGGCAUUAAAGAGGGAAGUAAAUUGCUGUCGGCAGAUUGUAAUAGCCAGCAACUUUGGAUCUGUGAGAUGGAAUCGCUGAAGUACUGAACCAAGUAGUAGUAUUUGUUGUCGGCAGUACUGAUCUCUAUGACAAGGAAGUACAACUAGUUUAGAAAACUGUUUUCUGCCCAUCAAACCACAUCUUGAAAGACAUUUUGAUAGGAAUAUUGACUGAAGUAUUGUUUGUAAUGUCACUGAUUUAAUCACUUGUACACUCGAAUGUAUAUUUAAAGAAAAAAAUUUAUAUUCUGAAAACUAUAAUGUGUAUAUUUUAGGAAAUAUUUAAGAAACAACGACAACAAAAAAAAUCUGAUACAAUUUACUGUGUUAUGCACUUUAAGUACAAGAGAAUAUCUAGGACAGAUUGUUUUAAAGUAAAUCUACUGUAUCCAAAAUGAUUGACAACAUGGUUGCAAUAAUUGUGUGAACCUGUUAGUAAUUCACCAUGUUUAUUUUUCUGGGAUUUUUUUUUCUUAAAGCAGCAGUUCAUGAUUAAACCUCAUGUUAAGAAGUGCACAGGGAGAUAUUUUUGAGAUGUUCUGUUGAUCCUUAAUAGUAUCAAGAUUGCUUAUUCAAACAGCUUAGAUAAAAAUAUUUAAGCUUCCAGCUGCAUAUUUCCCUACUAUGAUAGGUUGAGGUCUGUGUGUGUGUGUGUGUGUGCGUGCACGUCUUUUGGCAAGUUUAGUUAUGUGAUGUAACUUGCUUUCUGAUUUCAAACCACUCAACUCCUAGUGAGUUUUAGUGUUAUAUUGCUGAUGUUUUUUUCUUUGACUGUCUAUAUUAGUCUCUUGUAAACAAAUGACAUCCAGUGUUUAACACAUCACCAGAUCUUGGUUUCAUGCAUCAGUUCAUAACCUGUUAAGUGUUCCAAGAAAGUUGCAAUAUAUUUGCUGUAUUAAAACUCAUGAUGUUCUUCGUAUUUCACUGUUGCAGUCAUCACUUUUGGGUGAUCUGCUUGCAGUAGUCC